UGUAGCAGGUCUGGUGUUUGUAGACUUGUACUUGGCGUUGCGUGGGUAUGGAUAGCAUCUUUAAGAGCGCUGUUAACGUGAAAUUCUGUGAAAUAGAAGACUGUGAAUUCCCUCUAAAAUGUUUUUGUCAUGAUUGUUGUAUGGGCCUGUGUUUCAGGUGUUCUAAGAUUCAUUUUAAACGCAGAAAUUCUCACAGGAUUGUUUUGUACAGAGAGAGAGCAAAAAUCAGGAGUAAAGCUUGUGGAAGUCAUAUGUGUCUCCUAAAGGGACCGUGUAAUGAAGUUUGCUGUUUCACUUGUAGAAAAGUAAUUUGUGAUAGUAGUAUUGAAGAUCACGAGUUUCAUUAUACCAUGACAACAUCGGAACAACUUGUAUAUUUUGAAAGAAUGAUCAACUAUUUGAGGCUCGUUCGUUCAAAGAUCAGGGACAUUACAAAAUUGAACAAGGAGUUUCCUGUUAAUUAUGGAAGAUCCAAACAAUUGAAGUGGAAAAUGAAACAUGCUUUCCUAACUACAGCAAGAUAUAACUUACCUCACCUAACUGACAUCAAGCGUAGAGGAGAAGAGUACAUUCGUCUAUGUAGACAAAUGCAGGAUUCUUUUAGCCUUGGACAAACUUUGUCCAAAAACGUCCCGAAUGCAACAUUCAUAACAGCACCAAAUAUUAAUGUCAUUUCGAUUGCUAACCCAGCUGGCCGCCCCAAAAAGAAUUUCGGACCUCUUUUGAUAUGCAAUAUCCGGAUUUUCACCAAACCAUUUUCAGGUGUAAAACUCUUUGGCAGCAGUGACAUCAGCGUUUGGGUACACGAAAAGAACGCUAGAGUUUUAAGCCGCCAUGACAUCUGUGGGAGUUGUCGCAGUAAAUACAUUUUAGAUAUGGUUCCAGAAUUCGUCACCUUAGCUCGAGAUCAUAUAGUAUACGUAGAUAACUCCAAAAAUACAGUAUACAAACUUUCUUCUAAAGGUACACAAAAACUGGUGCAGGAGUCUGCUAAUUGUACACAAAAACUGAUGACGGAGUCUGCUAAUUGUACACAAAAACUGACGCCGGAGUCUGCUAAUUGUACACAAAAACUGGUGACGGAAUCUGGUAUCAUCACGGCUAUUUCGUCUUCCUCAAACGACUCUUUGCUGGUCUGUACCUGUAACAUGGCCACAGGUAGAGGAGAAAUUCGCAAAUAUGAUAUCAGUGACGGGAAAUUAUUGCAGAUCCUGGCAAGUAGUAGCGAAUUUCCAUUUUCCUUUUACGAUCUGUUAAAUGUGUUUUCCGUCACUGAAAAUAUUGACGGUAGUGUGUGGUUCUUAGCGCUGCUUGAUAGGUCAGAGGUCAGGAGAAUCGUCAAAGUCAGUAGAUGUUUCACUGAUCGCAAUGAUUCAUUCGCGGUGGCCCAAGUUCUUGACAACUUGCGGACCAUUUGUCCAAUGGAGAUAACACACAACAGCAGAGGUGACAUUUUGAUCUUAGACGACAAUAAAAAAGAGGUCCAUAUCGUGAACAAAAUUGGGAAUCUGACGUGGUCUUGGUCUUUUAGAGGGAAUAUUGAAAGUAUUUGUGUUGAUCCCUCAGACAAAUUAUGGGUAGCCGAUUCUGACGGCGAUAUUAAAGCUUUUGGAUGUUAUAGAUUGUGUAAACCAAUUUCUCGGCAAGGAGUCAAAAAUGUUCUAAAGAAAUACUCAAAGAAUCGUUUCUGGGGUGUGAGUCAUGCGAAAUCGUUAGCUUCUAGUGUAACAUUUAGCAAACAUUUGAAAAAUCACCACAACGAAAUAUCCUGUGAAAUCUGUUCAUUUUCAUGUAUGUACCCAUCGUUGCUAGCCACGCUUCCUGAGUCCGGAAGUACCAACCUCAAACCGAAUUGACGUAGCGUGAACGGAGACAAUUAACAUGUUUUACGAUGAUGGCCCGAGCCCGGUAAUUUAUUAUUUCCAGUAUCUUUAGUAACUUGACUCUAAUUCAGAAAUCAAAUGUAUCAUACCAGAUGGAACACCAACACAGUGCCGUCCUGGUGUCACCGAACGGUUACCAAGAAAUGUCGCUCAAAAGUCCGCUUUGGUGUAUGUGAGUAAUCGUCUGUCGGUGAAUCCCAGAGUUAGACAUAUAGAUUCUAUACAUAAAUUGCCAUUUGCCAGUUUCCAUAUAUGUACAAGAAAAAAUACAGUGAUGAAAGCUGAGAAAAAGACAGACAUUUCUUUUUGAUGUUACAUAUUGUAUAUGUAUGACAGUUAGGUUAUCUAUAGCGUAAUAACGAUAAACAUGUGAAGUGUUUGCUAAUUUAGAAAUGGAAGACAUUUUCUGAAAGUGUCAUUUAGAUGUGUUUGAUAGAUACCUGUAGUUUUUAUACAAUACAUAUUGAAAGAAAGCCUUUUGGGAGGCAAAUUUAAUGAAGAGGAUAUGCACAGAUAUAGAUGACAGAAAUAUCAAAGAACAUUUAUUAACUUUCUUGUUAUACCUGUACUUAGGACAAAUGAUCAAAGUAAAAAAAAUUAUCAUUUAAGAAAUAAAGGGUCAAUAUCAAGGGUGAAUAAUUUGUAUUAAAGGGAGGUCCUGGACCCUUUCCAAGGAAUGAUAACUGCAAAAUAUGAUGGGUUAUUCAAAUCCGCUGUAGAUCCACAGGACCAGAAAUGACAAAACUGUGUGAAUACCGUUGUAUAGGAUUUCAAAACAUGGAGUGUGAGGACAUAGUGGCGCCAUCAUAUAAGAGGUCCAUUUAUUUAUUGUUUGGAAAUGGUGUAUUUGUAAAAUAAUUAAGAAAUUAAUUGUUGCUUGAAGUUAACUUGCUUUCCAUAUUGGUCUUAAUUUCAGAAAGAUUUUACAUGUUAAAAAAUUGUUUUCUGGAAGGCGAUAAAUCAUUAAAGAGGUAUGGCGCAUUUGCUGACGAUACGGCCGACUCAGAAAUCUAAAUGGAAAACACCGGUUUCCAAUAAUACACUGGCGUGUUAUAUUUAAAUAUAAGGACAACGUUUUUGAUGUUUCGUUAACCAAGAUAAAUAACUGCCGCAGUUUAGCAUUACUGACAUUUAUACGAGUCGUUCUUUACUUAAUAAACCAUUUUCCUAUUUGGAAUGAUGAACAGUACAAUAUUUUCAUAGACCUGUGCAACAACCCUUUUACAUAUGGCAUUACUUAACUCACUGUUCUGACAUGAGUGCAGCGCCUUUAAUAGAUGUCAUCAGUUCAUUUGCCUUUGGUCGAUAAUUCGAGUGUUUAUCUUUGCCUAAAUAUCAUAUGACAAUUGCUACAUGAGUUUUUAUAUUUUUCUUUUGAGAAGUCAAACUGUAUAACAGUUCUUUUCCUCUCUUGACCUAUUUCUACUUAUCACAUGCUGUCCAUUUGUGUCCUUUUUCUUGUAGUAUUUGUUAAGCUUUUCGUCAGCCACAUUACGGUUUGAAAUUCUUGAGCACACAGGAACAUGUUAGUGUAAACAAGCGGAACUACAAUGAUCUCGGAAUAAAUUCCCCCUUUUUAAGUCGUAACUUGCAAAUAUUAGAAGUUAUGAUGAAAAUGAUUAAUAUUUGUUAUAAUAUAUAAAACACCCCACCCCCUUCAUGAAAACGACCCCCCAAAAAAUGAAAAGCAAAAAACAAAAUAGAUUUUGGAAAAGUAUUGGACUUGAACUCGGAAUGUACGGUUCAAGUGUAAGAUUACCGAGCACCUAAACCACUAGGCCACGCAGGCAUGUAAGUUUAAAGGUUUAACGUUUGACAGGCUGCUAAAUCUCAAGGUAAAUUUUGAGAACAAUUUUUUCAUAUUUUAUCGAUUUUCAACAAGAGGACCACCAUAAACCAAAUUUCCUCAAACGAACUUAUGUACAGUCAUAAUCGAGUAAAAAUAUUUCAGUGUUUUAUUUCUGGUUUAAGGUGGCCUUUUGCAACAGUUUGCAUUUUUUAUGCCCAUUACGUUACAUCUACUAUAUACUCUAUAUAAUCACGGUGAUGUCUAUGCUUAUCAAAUAAAGAUACCGAUAUCUUUAUUAAGUAAUUUGGGUAAACACAAGUAUAAACUGACAUUGUAUAGCAGAAUAUUUGUAAAAAAUGAUAUUCAAGAAAAAGGUAUUUAUGUAGGCGAAAUUGCAUACCAAGUGCGCUAUAC